AAAUCCGCGUGGCCCUUGUAGUUUAGUUUGUCACAGAUGUUCUAUAUUUUGAAAUUGAUAAAAUGUGAAAUAUUUAGAACGAACACUCGCUAAAUAUAUCAAAACUUUAUUACUAACUCGACGAAAUUUGUACGGACAUGUGAGUUAUACGAGGUAAUUUUUAAUGCAAGAAGUUUCAUCAAAAUGAAUACCGGCGACGAAGUGUUGUCCUUCAUGGAUUUACUGGAUUUAGACGAAGAAUUAGUCGACGAGCGACUUAAAACAAUUAUGGUAAGAGAUGAUCACUCCAUAAAACAUCUAACUUGGGCAAUUCAACUUCUAAAAUACAAGCAACUUAUAAAUAACAAGGAGGAGACAGAUUGCGAGAACGACUUGGAAAUUGACUUUGUUGCAAAGUUAAUAAAAUGUGUUAAAGACGAAACUAUUGAAAGUGUGUGUAAAAUAACGAAUAUUGUGCUAAAUUUAAAUCCAACUUCCAUAACAAGCAAAUCAGAACAUUUAUUGCAGCAAAUACUGUCUAACUUGGACUGGAGCCCCUUAAAUUUGAAUUACAACACAGAAGAAAACUUUGAAGACUGUAAAUUACUCAAGCUUGAUUUAUAUUUAAAGCUUUGUGAUAGUAUACUUGAUGCAGUUAUUGAAAAUAAUGAAAAACUCGACUUACCUUUCUUGGAAACACCUCUAGAAAAUAUUCUGCUAAGUAAUAAUGAAAAACUUAAAACCUAUUUCUUGACAAAUACAGUGCCAAGAUUAUUUGAGGCUGUUACUGGGUAUGCUAUAUUAGACAGAAUAUGGAAUUAUUUACAACAGUUAAAAAACGAGGCAAAGCAAACCUCUCUGAAAGUUUUAUGUUGUUUAUCAAACUUCUACUUGCCAAUAGUUGACAACAAAGGAAAAUUAAAAAUUGAAUCAGAAAUAGUUCAUCAUUCUGAAUUCUGGAAUGUGCUAUUACACGGACUGAUGUCAAAUGAUGUAAUUUUACACAAACUCUCAGUUUAUUUGAUGAAACGGUCCAUAGAUUGUAUCUGUAAUAUGAAGACAAAUGUUGAGGUCAGAUCAGGAGAAAAAGUUUUCUUUUCAUGGAAAAUGAAAGAUGAAAACAGCAUGAAACAAAUGUGGAACAACUAUUUUAUAUUAAUAGAUAGCUUAGAGGAAAAACAGAGUAAUAUAGUCCUUCCUUCUUUACAGUUGUUUGCAAGACUUACUGACAUUGGCAAUCAUUGGUUGAAUUGUGUUUAUAAUAUGGGUCUUAAACAUGAUAAUGCUCAAGUUAGGCUAAAAUGUAUUGAGUAUAGACUGGAUGUAAAAAUCAACAAUACUAAAGAAGCAUUUACUCUUUUAGAGGCCCUGAAUGAUUUGAACUUGUAUGACCAUCCAGAAGAAUAUGAAAAACUGAAUUUCAAACUAGCUGAGAAAACAAAAGACUUAAAUACAUUUGGUUAUGUUUUUGAAGCAAUGCCUUUACUGAAAUGGUCACCAGUACCAUUCUUUUAUCUAAGUCGCAUAUUAGCUGAGCUACAUAUUGAAGAUGUUACUAAGGUAAUGCUCCCUGAUAAAGUAACUGAGAUUAUUAAUGAGCUACUUACAUUGCCUUGUAACAAUUUGGCGGCUAGAAAAGCUAUACAUACCAAUAUAUCCCAUUUUGUUGGAAAAUCAUGUAAAGGAUUUAAGUGGCAAGAUUAUGCAAACAUAUACUCUGCAUUUAAAUUUGAUUUGAUAUCAAAUGAGGCUAAGAAGAAGAACCCUCUAUUAUUAGGUAUAAAAAAUAAACUUUCAAUACAUGACAAUAAAAUCUCGUUUUUCAAACUGGUGGGUGAUUCACAUAUGAAUGUUGAAUUUGGAUUAUUGUACCUUGAUAACCAUAAUGAAGAUUUACCAUUGUUUCUUGAAAUAAUUAAUGAAAAAAUAUCAAAAAUAAAUGAUAUUGCUAACAGACAGUAUUCAAAUAAAAUUGAAUGCUUCAAUGAAGCAAUUUAUAUUUCACAUCUCUACAGAAAAACUGUUGACAGAGAAAGUAUAAGUAGAGAAACUAUAAAUUCAAUGUUAACUGAGGAAAUAAAUGUUAUGCUACAGUAUAUUAUGACUCUAAUUGUAAAUGAGGUCAUAUUAACAAUAGAUGAAACCAAACUGUUUUUUAAAGAAUUGAAUUCAUUAUUACAAAAUGAGGUUAAAGAUGAUUUAAAAGAUAUUUUACUACAGUUGUACAAAACAUCAGCAGUAGUUUUAAAAAAUAAAGGAUCUGACUUGAAUAGUAAGGUAUUGUGUACAUUUAUUGUAGCAAAUAUGGCUAACAAUUUGCUACUAAAAAGUAACUACAAGCAUGAAAUGUUCGAUCUUAAGGGAAUCUUAGAAAUAGUAACUAAAUUUGAAUUUGGUGAUAAUAAAAGCAAGGAAAGUAAUGGCAGAUUAAAAAACACAAUUUACGAAAAAUCCUGUGAAAUCAUACAUUAUUUAAUUGAAGAUGAAGAUGACGCUAAAAGAAAUUUGAAAGAUAUAGAUCAGUUUGUAGAGAAUGUUAUUGAGUGUGGUGGAUAUGGCUGUCUCAAGUGGACAUUGAGGAUUGUUAAUAAAUUACUACCACUUCUAUCAGAAGAGACAGUCAAUUUUAACGUUACGCAAUUUAUUCAUAAUGCGUGGAGGGAAAUAGAGGAACUUAAAUCUAAUAACCAGUAUGCACCAUGCAUGAAAGAGUUUAUUGACUUGAUAACUCAAGAUGUUCUUUUAAAGAAUGCAACUUACAAUAAUACCAUUCUGUUCUAUUGUAAUAAAGUUGUCGAAUAUGGUCCAAUGAAAAACACACCGCUUUACUUCUUAGUAAGGACAUUAAACUCUAAAGAUAUUAAUUCUGACUAUGGUCAGGUAGUUUAUGUAUUAUGUGAAAUGUUGCUGUUUUCACCAGUACCGCGGAAAGACCAAAGGAUUGCUGAAAACGUCGCUGUGGACAUUCUCCAUAACCCGGAAUAUGCAGUGAAUCAGGAUGAGACGGGCAUACAUUUCAACUUCCAAAUACAAUUUAACCUAAUUAUAAUUCUUUGCAAGAUCUCAGAUCCUCAAAUUAUCAGAGUAGUUUCGGACUUGAUCAUAGAGAAAAUUAACAAGAUGCUGGUAAAUAAAUGCAUGUACCACGGCCACUCCCAGCCGCAUAGGACUCUGAUGAACGCCGUGCAGCAUUUAUUGCUGAUAUUGGUGUCGAAACCCAUAGGCGUGGAUUUCAAAGAAACAGCUGAUUGGUGCAUGAACUUGUUGGGAAGGAUGCCUCAUCAACCAAGCGUUAGGAUUUGUUUGGAGUGGUAUACCGCCUUGCAUUUAUACAUGAAGCAAUCUAAAAUGGACCAAGAGAUACUCAGUAUUCUUAAAUCCAAGAAAAUUCCGCUCUCAUCCCAACUAAUGAUUUUGUACUGGAUUAUAAAACACAAAAUUUCAAACAGCACAUGUAAAUCAGGAGAGUUCGAGUUUGUCAUGGCGACCCUGUUGUCUCACACUAUGGGCCAAGUCUUUAGUAUACGCCUCUUGUCUCAAUACCUUGCUUCGAAACUUUACCAACAGUGCAACAACAAACCCCAAGAAUACGGAUAUGUAUUCAAUAUCAUCGAAAAUACGUUCACAGAAAGUCGGAAAGACAAAAACUUUCUAAAACUUCAAAAUGAUUACUUUGCUAAUGAGUUUGAUAUAAUCAGAAGUUUGACGCCUUGUUUUAUUUAUUACUUUGUGCCGAGAUACUGCGAAGUCAAUAACAACGAAAAUGUCGAUUUGGAUUACGUGAGAAUUGUUUUAGAUGUUGUAAAAAGUCUAUUAUUGGAAGAAAAAUAUGAUGAUGACUUCAGAAAAGAAUGGAUAGCAAGUUGCAUUUCUGAUGAUGAGGUAUUCAAUCUGAAAUUGUCGAAGAAUGUGGAGGUCAACGAAGUUACCGUGAAUGCGGAAGUUGGAACGAUCCAGAAGAAAUAUGUGCCUUGGAAAAACAUGAAUGAUAUAGAUGUUUAUGAGAUAAAUAAAAAGAGAGAAAGCCCUAGUGACUUGAUAGUAGUGGCAUCCCUUAUCGACAAAUUACCGAAUCUGGGAGGCAUGGCUCGCACCAGCGAAGUAUUUGGCGUGAAGACCUACAUCGUGGAUAGCUUGCGACACUUGCAGGAUAAACAGUUUCAAGGACUGAGUGUAUCGGCGGAGCGAUGGGUCGACAUCGAGGAAGUGCGGCCUGGUGCUCCCCUCAAGGAGUACCUCGUUCGUAAGAAGUCCGAGGGAUACUCCGUAGUAGCAGCUGAACAGACCUCCUCCAGUUGUCAGUUACAAUCGUUCAAGUUUCCCAGGAAAACCUUACUCCUCUUAGGACACGAAAAAGAGGGCAUCCCAUGCGAUCUACUACCGAUGAUGGAUUUCUGUGUGGAAAUUCCGCAACAGGGCUUCGUGAGGUCUCUCAACGUGCACGUGACGGCCGCCAUAUUUGUGUGGGAAUAUGCGAGGCAAAAUUUCCUGUGACGCCAAUUAAUUUAUAUUUUUAUUUACUGUGACACUGUUGUAGUUUUCCUUACAUAUAUCACUUUUUACAGUAUAAAAAACGAGCAUUUAACAGUAUAAGCUAAGGUUACCGUGACGAAGCAUCCAUUCCAUAGUGCUAUUAGCUCUGGUGCUCGAUUCCCACUGCCUAAAUUAAAGAUAUAACAGGUAAAAUUAGCUGCUAUGGGCAUGAUGUCAAACAAUUGUUCGUUUUUAAGGUAAAUUAAAAAUAUUGUUUUGUGUUCCAAAUAUCGUUUUACUUCAUUUCCAAAUCUGAUUAGUAUUCUUAUAUAUAGUCGUCGUUCGAUUUGUAGCUGGCCCUGACGGGCUAAUCCUUUGUCUAUUGUUAAGUAAAACGGCUCAUGAAAAUUGGUAUGAUUGAUCUUUAGGCCAUUUGAAUUUUAAAAAAAUGGAGAGGAGUUAUGACGUCAUUUUUUAAAAGGGGAAAAAUCUUGUUUCUGAACCUAUCGUGUGUAGUAUUGUAUACACUAUACAAAAUAGUCUGUUACUAAACCCUACUAAGUCAAAGUUUAUGAUUUUGGGUAGUAAAAUUCAAAUUUCUCGAAUCUUAGACGGUAGCUCUCAACUCAAUAUUAGAGGCUGAUUGAUAGAGCGAGUAGAAGAGGCCAGAAAUCUUGGUAUAAUAAUGGACAACCAGUUAAGGUUUGAAAAACACGUAGCAGAGUUAGCCAAAUCUUGUUUUUUUAGACUGAAAAUUUUGUAUCAAGUAAGAAACCUUCUAAACGAAUAAGUUCGCUUGACCCUCUGUCAAAGUUGAACUACGGCGAUGUGGUGUACGGGCCUCGUCUGCAACAAAAAACUCGUCGACUAAUACAGCGAGUGCUUAAUGCGUGUCAUCGAUAUUGCUACACAAUUCCUCCACGGAGCCAUAUCACGCCGUUUUUGAACAAGUCUUCGACUUUGAAUAUAGUAUCACGCAGACAUUUACACCUUGCCUGUCUUCUCUUCAGUGUUACAAAUUGCAAGUCACCCGUGUAUCUUCACUCGAAAAUAAUUAUUCCUUCUUUUCACACUCGAUACGGCACAAGAUCUACUCGACGUUGCCUUUUAGCGAAGUACAUCCUCUUAGGACAAUUGUCUUUACCGGUUGUUUCCGUUAUCUUGCGACCAAAUGCUGGAACGAUAUACCCCCGCCUUUGAGAGAGCUACAAUCCAAAAAAUUAUUUAAAUAGUUUUAACAAGAUUCUCCUCGAAGAGCAAACCGCUGGUGUUCCAUACGGCUUUUUGGUCGCAGAUUUCAGAAUCUAACAUGGUGGAGAUGGCAGUCACGAGGACUAGGAGGCUAUUUAAAGUACAUCUGUUGUGAACUUGGAUUCCGACAGAAAACCAGUGCUUUACUCGAAAGAGUGAAGAGUAUCACUGAGCCGUGACCCUUUUGUCCUGCUGCAACGCACACAGUAUGUAGGUUGGUACAUCUAUUUUAUUUUAUUUUUUAUUGAUUAUUUCAUUUUGUGUGUGCUUAUCUCUAUUUUGUUGUCUCAAUUUUCUUUUUUGCCAUUUUUAUUUUGUUUUCGUCAUAAUUUGUGUUUUUGUUACGAUGAUUUAAACUAUUUAUAUUGUGUGUUUUUGCAGCUGCCAAAUAAAUGAUUUAUCUAUCUAUCUAUCUAUUAAAUGAAAGGGCUUUUUAUGCCGAGUAUAUUUUUAGAAUUGGCUUAAAAAGCCUUUUCAUUUGAUACCAUACCACACACGAUAGGAUUCUGACCAAAUAUUUAUUUUUCCUAUACAAAAAAAGAUGACGUCAUACCUCCUCUCCUUUUUAGGGUUCCGUAGCCAAAUGGCAAAAAACGGAACCCUUAUAGAUUCGUCAUGUCCGUGCGUCUGUCUGUCCGUUUAUGUCACAGCCGCUUUUUUCCGAAACUAUAACAACUAUACUGUUCAAACUUGGUAAGUAGAUGUAUUCUACGAACCGCAUUAAGAUUUUCACACAAAAAUAGAAAAAAAAAACAAUAAAUUUUGGGGGUUCCCCAUACUUAGAACUGAAACUCAA